AUGCCGUACACUCGGGCAACAGAGCUGGCUUUGCUGGAAUGGGUUCGGGUUCCAUCUGGUCUGAGGCCCUGGAUAGCUGCUAACUUGAUUGCCCAGGCAAACACCUUCCCGCUCAAUGCUCGUAUUGCGACUGUGCCGGACUUGACAGAUGGAGCCGUCUUUGCUAAGAUGCUCGAGGAUAUCGAUUCAACGUACGCCGUUCGAAACCUCGAGAAAAAUGCCACGACGUCGAAGUGGCUGGGCCGGAAAAAGAGCUUGGAGGCAAUCCACCGGUCGCUGCUCCGCUACAUCAACAAUACUUGCGAAGGCAUGGAGGCAUUCAUAACGGCGAACCCGGUAGACCUGAAUGCUAUAGCGGAGCAUGAGGACGCAGAAGAGACAUUCAAGGUGAGGAAACCCGCUGCUAGCCAGCUGGACUUGGUUAACGAUUGUGGUCAGUUCCUCACUAUGUUUCUGAUGGCUGCUAUACGAGGCACGAACACCGAGAAAUACGUUUCGAUCAUUACGACUUCUCUAGACGCACCUACACAAACCGCGAUUGCCGGAAUAAUAAAGCAGAUAGACGCAGUCGAGGAUACUCCGGUCAGCAGCAAAGCUCCUCCGACCCUGGCUGACGAUCCUGGCCUCGCUCUCGAAGGCAAGUUUGCAGCUUUGGCACAUGAUCAUGAGAUGUUGAAGAAAAAGCACGCGGACUUUAUAUCAAGAUUUGAACGAUUACAGCAGAAUCACGACGAACUACUCGAGCACAGUAGCAAGCAAGAUAACAAAUUGAAACGCUACGAGAACUCGGACGAUGGUGACCAGAGCGAUUAUAUCAGAAGUCUCAACAUCCGGAUCCAAGAGCAAGAGGAUCUUAUCGCUAGUCAGGAAAACCAAAUAGAGUCUGACCGGAUCGCCAAGGAAAAAUUGGUUAAAGAACUGUCGAAUCUACGGCCUGCAGCCCAGCGGCUUGUUGAAGUCGAGGACGAAGUGAAGGAACUCAAGACCGCAAACAUCGCACUCUCCAGGAAAGCGAAUACCGUGGAACAUUACCAGAAAAAGGUAGAACAAUUAUCCGUUGUGGAGAAGGAGAACACCACCUUGCGCGACCGGCUGGAUACUCUUCAGGGGAAUCAGAAGGAUUUCGAUAGGGUUUAUGAUGAGAACACCAAGAUUAAGGCGACUCUGAAAGAAUACCAGCAAAGAUUUCAUUCGUACGAGUUGACAUACGUUGAACUGUCAACUCAGAAGAAGCACAUCGAAGAACAACUACGACUGCGAGACGACCAGCUCCAGGUCAUGACUGCGAGGCAGCAACACGAUGAGAAGUUCAUUGAUCAGUUGCAAGAGCAGAUCAAAACUAACUCAGCAGGUCCAAUCUCUCCGGAUUCCCCAACGUCGAAGCCGGCCGGAUUGAGUUUGGAAGAUGAGCUCGAACGAAGCGAAGACGCCACGCCUAGUCUCAUGCUCGAGAUCUCGCGACUGAAGGUCGAGAACCAACUGCUCAAGAGCAACACAGCUGGCACGACCAGUGCCGCUCUUCAGCUGGACCUCGAAGAAUCCGAGAGGGUCAAGAAGAGGCUCCAGGAGAAUUUACGUGAACUGACUGAGAAACACACCCUUGGACAAGAGCAACUAAGUGCAAUGAUCAGUGAAUCUGCAAACGAAAAGGAAGAAGCCAUCUUACAUACGAGAAAAUUGUAUCUCGAAGCAAAUCAAGAGCUUACUGCAGCCAAAGCGAAACUUGCCGAAUUAGAAGCUGAACUCUCGAGCCGUGAUCGUGAUCUCGUUUCUACCAAGACCGACUUGGCCGCUGUAGACCAGGAGGAGAUUGAAGCGAUUAAUAAUCUCAAGGCCGCUCAUGACCUUAUAACCGCUUCUUUCGAGAAUGACUUGCUUGUGCUUCAGAACAAACACAAGGCACUUUCAACUGAUUUUGAUGAACAAAAGAGCCAACUCAUAGAUGCACUAUUGUCUAAAGAUAGACUUGGGAAAGAUCUAGCAGCAGGUCGAGGCGGAUCCGGAACCACUGAUGAAAGUCACGCUCAAGCCAUCAUCGAAGCAGAGGCAAAGCAGAGAGAGCAAAUCCAAAAACAGGAUGCACUUAUCCAAGACCUGCAACGAAUGCUCAAAACGGCGCAGGAGAAUACCCCAGAAGCGCAAAAGGUAACAUAUACUAUCCUCUUUCCUGUUGCAGGUACUCUCAAUGAGAGAAAUAACACCGCUCUCGAUUGGCAAUUGUGCCUGGCUUCGUCUCUGACCGUGCUUUGGUUGGACUUGAAAACUUGGAAUUUGGAAACUUUGAGGCUGACAAUAUAUGUAGGCGGCGGAAGACUCGAUGAUCAAGAACCUGACGCGAGAGAACACGCUCAUCGCCACGGCCUGGCAAGAAGCGCCCAAGAGCUGGCUGAACAAGCAGCGGCAAAUGGUGAAUGCCGCGACCAGACGCUAGGAUCGAUCGUCGAUGCGAGCCGGAGAUUGAAUGUUAGACAGGGCUUGGUGGAUUAG